CACAAAGGAUUCAAUGUAGCAAUUUGUCAAGGAUUGGCUCAAUCUAUCAAUCAAGUAAUGAAGUAACUUUUAUUAGCCGUCCUAAAAGAUAUAACGUUAGAACCCAAAAUUUGUAGUUAACUUACUUUUAAGCAGUUUGCACUGUUCAAACAAUAUGUGUCCUUUCUUGUUCUUGAGCAGUGUUAGUAUGCAGUGUCAAGUAUGUCCGGUCGACCCAAGAAAACCAGAAGGCAUUUGGUGCUUGCUCUCGGCAAGAAGGGAAAGAGGGAUCGAAAGCGGAAGGGACCAGGUCAUGGCUUUAAAGAAAGUGAUGUGCCACCGACAAAGAGACCAAGUGUCAGCAGCACCAGGUCGGAAGAGGAGAGUGAAGAUGCUGACAGGGCAGAGGCUUCGACUCUGUUGUCUGGCCCAGCAUUCCUAGGGUCUGAACAGGAUAGUGAAGCUGCUGCGAGUAUCGAAGAGGAGACUGAAGCUCCUGACAGGGCAGAGGCUACAAGUACCUUCGAUGAGAGUGAGGACAGUAUCAUGAGUGUGGAAGAGGAUUGUGUGCAAACAUGGGUUGCAGAACACAAUGAAGAAAUCAAGCAGCUGAUGAUGGCCAGUGAGAAAACCCAGCCGGAGGAUCUAAUUGGAGAACUUGUAAAAGCGAUCAACGAUGGCACACUAAAACACUCAGAAGUUCCAUUCCUACUCUUCUACGACACCCUGAGAUUAAAAAACUGUGCAGACAUCAGGCUGAUGCGUUACCACGAAAUCACCAUGGCCUACUGCACCUAUAUCAGAAGGAAACAUGGCGCAGCAGUUCUCAACUCAUUGAGAGGGUGGAAGUUUGUGGGAGGUUAUCGCCAAAGGAAGGAACAUUUGCCAGGUUGUGAUGCUGAUAUAAUCUUUGCCAUCCCCAGUAACACUGCUCUUGAAAAUUGGCAAAAAAAGAGUCAGGUGGGGCCUGCUGUUGGGCUGGAGCCAGGCAUUCACACAGAUAUCCUGAAGGAGUUAUCUCAACAUCAUCAGGGACAAGAGGAAUCCUGGAUUCUCUCCUGGGAUGGGAGAAAGGUUCAACCUAACACCGGUGAAACUGAUCUUGGUGGGUUGGAAGAAGAUGGCCUUACAGCAACAGCCAGGAAGGAGAAGAGGGAGUCUGAGGAGAUCAGAUUGAAGAUCAUUGAGGAAAUCCUAUCAGAUUCAGAGGAAAAGCCAGACCUCAAUGAUGUACAAGAAGCUAUGAAAGAACUGUCACAGUACAAUGUGAAGCUCAGAGACUCCAUACAGAAAAAAGAUCUUUGUUUGAAGAAGAUGCUAAAGGAAGUAGAUGGGGACUGGCAAAAGUCAGAUCACAGACAUUUGAUCAGUUGGAUAAUUGCAUUACAGGCAGACCUUAAGGCAGCAGUGUGUGACAACCUUCAAGCAAUUGACCAGCUUGGGCAACUGACUGCUGCUUUGUCUGGUGAGUUUCUUUACCCAACUUUCAUGUGA